UGGGUUACGGUUAUAACAGUCUGAACUAAAUAGAACCGGAAAGAUCGUAGGCGUGAACGUGAUUGUCGUAAGUGAUUAGUGGAAUGCACCCGUAGCCGUCUAUCGUUCGAAUUAUACUCUCGAAAAACUAUGUAAUAAACAUAAUAAUAAAAAAAAUAAGUAUAAUUUUAAAUAUAUACUAAUUUUAUUUAGACGAAAUUAUCUUAUCUCUCAAGCUCACGUUUAUUUAAAGUAUUCUUAGAUUCUAUUCUAACUUAUACUCGGAGGUAACAAAUGCAAAAGAUAGUGGUUAGACUGUUUUAUUACAUUCGCUUACAGUUGUUUUACUUUUUAACCAAAGGUCAAUGUUUGUUAUUGUUACGAGUAAAAAAUAUAAUAAAAUAGUAUUUUACGUGUGUAAAUAGUGGAAUUAUGAUGAAAGUAGUUAAUUAAAAACGCAAAAGAAAUGUUUUCGCAGGUUUUCUGUUCGCGUCUAGCUGUGAGGUUAGUGAGAAAAAUAAACAUAUAUGAAAGAAAAUUUUCAUCAGAACCUUUAAUUCUAGUCAAAGAAGUGAAUAAUAACUCAGUUGUUACAUUGAAUCGUCCCAAAGCUCUUAAUUCCCUAACAGCCGCUUUAAAUAUCGAAUUAUACAAGGUUUUAAAAAAAUUAGAACAACGAAGGUCGUUAUUGAUAUUAAAAGGGGCUGGAGAUCGAGCUUUUUGCUCCGGUGGAGAUCUUCUUAAAAUAAAAGAAGCGGCGGAAACUAAAAAUAUUCAUUACCUAAACGAAAUGACUUUAUAUUCCCAUCUCAAUCCUUAUGUAAUUCUUAAAUACAAAAUUCCCGUGAUAGUUUUAAUGAACGGUUUCACUUUCGGGGGCGGUGCGGGGUUGGCAAUUUUCUGUAAAUACAGAAUAGCUACGGAAAAAACUAAAUUCGCUAUGCCGGAAGCUAAAAUAGCUUUCCAUCCGAACGUAGCGGGGACAUUUUUUUUAAAUCGCGCGCCCGGGCGUUUAGGCUACUACAUGGCCCUAACGGGAAAUAGUAUCAAUGGAUCGGAUGUAUUGCGUGCUGGAUUCGCGACACAUUUUUGUUUAAGUAGCAAAAUUGAUAAGAUAGAAAACGAACUGUUGAAUUGUUCCGAUGAAAUCGACGUGAAAAAUGUUUUGGAAAAUAAUUGUGAAAAAAGUUUUCCGGAGUUUUCUCUGGGCUCGACUAUGGAUAAAAUUAAUGAAUGUUUUUCGGGGGACACUGUAGAGGACAUUUUUUAUAAAUUAGAACAAGAUGGUAGUACUUGGGCAAAGGAAACGUUGGAAAUGAUGAGGAAGUAUUCACCUUCGUGUUUAAAAGUUAUAUUGAGGCAAUUACAAAUAGGUAAAAAUAUGAGUGUAGCGGAUUGUUUGGUUAUGGAAUCUAAUCUAACGGUUAAUUUCCAUAAUUUUCCAGAUGCAAUUGAAGGAACUAGAGUUGUACUAGUAGAUAGACAAGAUACGCCCCAAUGGAAUCCAUCACAAUUAUCUGACGUCACAGAAGAGCUGAUUCAAGGUCAUUUUAAGCCGGCCAUUGGAGAAAAGCUGAGAAAAUUUCUUAAUGAAACCGAUAAUUCAUUAGAAAGAUGAUAAUUUUUUUUUAAAUUUUUAUUAUACGAAAAAAUAAAUAUAAUAUUCUGAAAAA